GCAGCGGCGGCGCCCGCGCGUCGUCAGUUGGGUCAGUGCCGCCGCCUCGCACGGAGCUGGGCGCUCCUUCUCCCUCACACGGAAGCCGCUCGCUCCGCGCCGAAGUUCCCGCGCCCAAGCGGAUAGUAUGGUGGAUUACCACGCUGCCGGGCAACCCUCUUAUCAGUACGGCGGCAACGGGCCGGGCAUCGGCGACUACAUGGCUCAAGAGGACGACUGGGACCGGGACCUCCUGCUCGACCCAGCCUGGGAGAAGCAGCAGCGCAAGACUUUCACAGCAUGGUGCAAUUCUCACCUGCGGAAAGCCGGCACGCAGAUUGAGAACAUCGACGAAGAUUUCCGUGAUGGCCUGAAGCUCAUGUUGCUGCUGGAGGUCAUUUCAGGGGAGCGGUUACCGAAACCGGAGAGAGGAAAGAUGAGGGUACAUAAGAUCAACAACGUGAACAAAGCUCUCGAUUUCAUCGCAAGCAAAGGAGUCAAGCUGGUUUCCAUAGGAGCUGAAGAAAUCGUCGACGGCAAUGCAAAGAUGACCCUCGGCAUGAUCUGGACCAUCAUCCUCAGAUUCGCCAUCCAGGACAUCUCCGUAGAAGAGACUUCAGCCAAGGAAGGCCUGUUGCUCUGGUGCCAGAGGAAGACUGCGCCCUACAAGAACGUCAACGUACAGAACUUCCACAUAAGCUGGAAAGACGGCCUUGCUUUUAAUGCCUUGAUCCACAGACACAGACCAGAACUCAUUGAGUAUGACAAGCUCAGAAAGGAUGAUCCAGUCACGAAUCUGAACAACGCUUUUGAGGUCGCUGAGAAAUACCUCGACAUUCCCAAGAUGUUGGAUGCAGAAGACAUUGUCAACACGGCCCGGCCCGAUGAGAAGGCCAUUAUGACCUAUGUUUCCAGCUUCUACCAUGCCUUCUCUGGCGCUCAGAAGGCUGAGACGGCUGCAAACCGGAUUUGCAAAGUGUUGGCCGUGAACCAGGAGAAUGAGCACCUGAUGGAAGACUACGAGAAGCUGGCUUCUGACCUGCUGGAGUGGAUUCAGCGCACCAUCCCCUGGCUGGAGAACCGCGUCCCGCAGAAGACCAUCCAGGAGAUGCAGCAGAAGCUGGAGGAUUUCCGCGACUACCGGCGGGUUCACAAGCCCCCCAAGGUGCAGGAGAAGUGCCAGCUGGAGAUCAACUUCAACACCUUGCAGACCAAGCUGCGGCUAAGCAACCGGCCGGCCUUCAUGCCCUCCGAGGGGAAGAUGGUCUCGGACAUCAAUAAUGGCUGGCAGCACUUGGAGCAGGCGGAGAAAGGCUACGAAGAGUGGCUGCUGAAUGAGAUCCGAAGGAUGGAGAGGCUGGACCACUUGGCUGAGAAGUUCAGGCAGAAGGCGUCGAUCCAUGAAAGCUGGACCGAAGGUAAAGAGACCAUGCUGCGGCAGAAGGACUACGAAACAGCCACCCUGUCGGAUAUCAAGGCCCUGAUCCGGAAGCACGAAGCUUUUGAGAGCGAUCUGGCAGCUCACCAGGAUCGUGUGGAACAGAUAGCGGCCAUCGCGCAGGAGCUCAAUGAGUUGGACUACUACGACUCGCCCAGUGUCAACACCCGGUGCCAGAAGAUCUGUGACCAGUGGGACUCGCUAGGAUCCUUGACCCACACACGGAGGGAAGCCUUGGAGAAAACAGAGAAGCAGCUGGAGACCAUUGACCAGCUCCACCUGGAAUAUGCCAAGCGGGCAGCGCCCUUCAACAACUGGAUGGAGAGCGCCAUGGAGGACCUGCAGGACAUGUUCAUCGUCCACACCAUCGAGGAGAUCGAGGGAUUGAUUGCAGCCCACGAUCAGUUCAAGUCCACCCUUCCCGACGCGGACAAGGAGCGUGAGGCCAUCCUGGGUAUCCAGAGCGAAGCGCAGAAGAUUGCAGACUACAACAACAUAAAACUCUCCGGGAACAACCCGUACACUUCGGUCACUCCGCAGAUCAUCAACUCCAAGUGGGAAAGGGUCCAGCAGCUGGUGCCAAAGAGGGACCACGCCCUGCAAGACGAACAGAGCAAGCAGCAGUCCAAUGAACAUCUGCGCCGGCAGUUUGCUAGCCAGGCCAACAUUGUGGGGCCUUGGAUCCAGACCAAAAUGGAGGAGAUCGGGCGCAUCUCCAUCGAGAUGAACGGGACCCUGGAGGACCAGCUGGACCACCUGAAGCUGUAUGAGCAGAGCAUCGUGGAUUACAAGCCCAACAUCGACAUCUUGGAGCAGCAGCACCAGCUCAUCCAAGAGGCGCUCAUCUUCGACAACAAGCACACCAACUUCACUAUGGAGCAUAUCCGUGUCGGGUGGGAACAACUCCUCACCACCACAGCCCGGACCAGCAACGAGGUGGAGAACCAAAUCUUGACCCGGGACGCCAAGGGGAUCAGCCAGGAGCAGAUGCAGGAGUUCCGGGCCUCCUUCAACCACUUCGAUAAGGACCACGGCGGCUCCCUGGGACCCGAAGAGUUCAAAGCCUGCCUCAUCAGCUUGGGAUACGAUGUGGAGAAUGACCGACAGAAGCGCACGGGCAGCAUGGACACAGACGACUACCGAGCCCUGCUUAUCUCCACGGGAUACAGCCUGGGAGAUGCGGAAUUCAACCGGAUCAUGAGUGUCGUGGACCCCAACAACAGCGGAGUGGUGACUUUCCAAGCCUUCAUCGAUUUCAUGUCCCGGGAGACCACGGACACGGAUACGGCCGACCAGGUCAUUGCCUCCUUCAAGGUCCUGGCUGGAGACAAGAACUACAUCACGGCAGAGGAGCUUCGGCGAGAGCUCCCCCCCGACCAGGCCGAGUACUGCAUCGCGCGCAUGGCACCUUACCAGGGGCCCGACGCCAUCCCCGGUGCCCUCGACUACAAGUCCUUCUCCACAGCGCUUUACGGCGAGAGCGACCUGUGAGGCUAGAGCCGGAGGCAGCGGCGGCAACAGCAAGCGCUGGCGCUUUGGGGGGAGGGGGGGCGGCGCUCUUGAUUUUCCCCCAUUCACACAAACACACACAAACACA